AACCGACAUCAUUGGCCAGAAUUCCCUUCACAAAGCUCAGACCACAACUGAGUCCUGACUCCUGAGCUUUGUCGACAUCCACGCCACCUUCAAAGCAAUGCAUUCCGCCGCCUCCACCAAUACCACCGCCUUUGCCGCCGCCGCGCUCUCUACGCUCCUGUCGCGCUGCCGUUCCCUCGCCUCCGUCAAGCAGCUCCAUGCCCACAUCCUCGCACGUUCAAACAGCCCAUUCCCCUACAAUCAUUUCCUCUCCAAACUCCUCUCCCUCUCCUGCUCCGCCUCUGCCUCCGCCGCCAACUAUGCCCUCCUCCUCCUCUCCUCCCACCCGGCGCCCACCGCCUUCACCUACAAUGUCACAAUCCGCUUAUUCGCCUCAUCGCGCCCGGACACCUCCCUUCGCCUCUUCCUCAGCAUGCUCCGCGCCGAGGUCCGCGUCCGACCCGACGCAUACACCCUCCCUUUCCUCCUCCUCGCCGCGGCGCGCUGCCCGGCACCGGCCCUCGCCCGGUCCGCCCAUGCUCUCCUCGAGAAGAUCGGUCUCGGUGACCACGACCACACCGUCCACUCCCUCAUCACCAUGUACUCCUGCCUUGAUGAUCACCUCGCCGCGCGCAGGGUGUUCGACGGAAUUUCCCACCGGGAUGUCGUCUCUUGGAACUCGAUGGUGAAGGCAUACGAACGGGCAGGGAUGGUGGCCGAGGUUGAAGGGAUGUUGCGGUCGAUGGUCACCGAGGGCGCAGUGGCACCCAAUGGGGUGACUCUGGCGGUUGUGCUCACAGCUUGCAGGGACGCUGGCAAUUUGGUGCUUGGGAGGUGGGUGGAGGAGUGGGUGAGGUCUGCGGGGAUGGAGGUGGACUCGCUCAUUGGGUCAGCACUUGUGGGGAUGUAUGAGAAGUGUGGAGAGAUGGCAGAGGCACGGCGUGUGUUUGAUGGCAUCAGACACAAGGAUGUCGUGGCAUGGAAUGCCAUGAUCACCGGCUGAUGCAGGUAUGCGCAAAAUGGCAUGUCAAAUGAAGCGAUAGCCUUGUUUCACAGCAUGAGGGAAGCUGGGCUGUGUCCGGACAAGAUAACCUUGGUCGGUGUCCUCUCAUCCUGCGCAGCAGUUGGUGCACUGAAGCUUGGAGUUGAAUUGGAUACGUAUGCCAUGCGCAGAGGCCUCUACAACAAUGUCUAUGUAGGAACAGCCUUAGUGGACAUGUAUGCUAAGUGUGGAGAUCUUGAGAAAGCCACGCAUGUUUUUGGGAAGAUGCCAUUCAAAAAUGAAGCCUCAUGGAAUGCAUUAAUCUGUGGACUUGCCUUCAACGGUCGAGGCUAUGAUGCCAUUCAGCAGUUUGAACUAAUGAGAGAUGAGAAAGGACUCCAACCAGAUGAUAUCACAUUCAUAGGUGUGCUUUCGGCUUGUGUACAUGCUGGGCUACUCGAGUAUGGCCGCCAGUUGUUCAAUUCUCUGACACCUGUUUUUAAGAUCAUUCCUAGAAUUGAGCACUACUCCUGCAUUGUUGAUUUGUUGGCACGUGCUGGUCAUUUAGAAGAAGCAUGGGAUUUUAUUGAGGAAAUGCCUGGCAAGGUAGAUGCCGUCAUGUUAGGCGCUUUGCUUGCUGCUUGCCGGAAAUGCAAGAACACUGAGGUUGGUGAGAGGGUCAUCAAUAGGAUUAUGAAGCUGGAGCCAUCAAACUCGUGGAACUACGUGGUGUCAUCCAAGAUUUAUGCAACCUCAGAUAAAAUGGAUGAAUCUGCAAGGAUGAUAGGGCUAAUGAGGGAGAGGGGUGUCAACAAGACUCCAGGGUGCAGCUGGGUUGAGGUUAAUGGAAAAGUUCUUGAAUUCUAUGCAAGCACUGAACCACAGCAUGGUGCGGAAGAUAUGUAUCAACUCAUGGGCGUACUGGUAAAUGAGAUGAGACUAAAGGGAUAUGUUCCAAACCUUGAUCUGGUGUAGCACGUAAUAAAGCAUAUUUCCUGUUCUUCUUGGAGCAAAAGGAAUGACUUAUGCUAAUUCACAGGAGGAGGAAAAUCGCAAAAUGAAAUAAACAGAGGAACGACAAGAACAGCAGCAGCCAACAAUAUGAUGGGAUACCAUACUAUAAUAUAAAACGAAAAAGAGGGAACACCCAAAUGCUAAACCUCAAUAGCUGAUACUCUUUGCCUGAUUUCAACUUCUUCCUUAAUGCAGUGAACCAUUUGCAGCGUGCUAAGCAAUCGUUAUUGACAAUUAUUUACCUUCUCACUUGUUCAAUAAAGUGUGCCGCAUGGAAUCUCUCAUUUGGCUAUUGGGACCUUUUUAUGGUCUACUUCCUAUCACCACCACCAAGUCAGUUUGUUUGUAAGCUGGGAAGAUAAGAGUCCAGUUACACCGUGUGGCUCCUUAAAUACGCACAUGAUUUUUAAUGUUACAGGACAAGAGGGCAAGAAGAGCGUGGAGACGCACAAGAUCUACAUCGCUGAAGCAGGUGCACCCUGGUAUUGGAAUCCCCUGCGAGGUCAUGUCUGUCAUGAACUCGCUCAUCAACGACAACUUGCCGGCGAGGCUGCCAAGUUCAUCCGCCACAAUAAGAUGGGCACCAUCACAUCCCAGGACAUCCAAGGGCAUCAAGGCCGUCACCAAGUUCACCUCGUCUUUGUCUUCUUCUCCCGUGUGACUGUCUUCGUGUGAGUAACAUGUUGGUUGGUCGGAGGCUUGGCUGUUGUGGUCUCGCGUAAUUGCCGCGGUGGCUUUUUGGCAGAAUGGAAUGCUAUGGUUAUGUGAAUGUUGAUCUCUCAGCACUCCGUACACCUGCUUGCCACACUGUUUUGGCCAUUGUGUCGGGGUCUAGAUUGGGACUGACUUGAGAGUGUUUCAGGUCUGUUCAGUUGGGUGUUCUGGGGCCAUGCAGUCUGAUUCAGUUCAGCGUUUCCUUUAUCGUACCUGCUCAAUGAAUCUAAUACCAGAUCCGAAAGAGUGAUCGCUUCUUCCUCAUUGAGUAAAGGGUUAACCAAGCAUAUGAUUGUUUGCUGUACCUCAAGUUUUCAGUCGGAUAUCAGUGCAUAGUUCCUCGAA